AUGAGGGUUAGCUCCAGUUUCCUAGCUCUCCUCGGAGUUGCUUCCAGCGCAUUUGCAUUCAAUCUACAACCUAGUGUCGUACCAUCGACCAAUGUAGCUUCGAAAUCGGCACAAACGGCAUUGCACAUGGAAGGAUUUGCUGCCGCCGCUUCCAGUGAAUGGGAGAGUCUUGGUCUUCCAUCUCGCCCAGGAAGACCUCUCAAGGUCGCUAUUGCUGGAGGAGGUGUUGGUGGUCUUACUUGCGCCCUUUGUAUGCUUAAGAAAGGUUUCGACGUUACAGUUUACGAAAAAACUGAGGCAUUCCAACGAUUUGGUGGUCCCAUCCAAUUCGCUUCCAACGCAUUGUCCGUUUUGAAGGAGAUCGACGACACACUUUUCGACCGCGUCAUGGAAAAGUUCACUUUCACCGGAACUCGUGCAUGUGGUAUUAAGGAUGGACUUCGAGCUGAUGGAUCCUUUCGCAUGACCAAUGAUUCCCUUGACUAUUUGUGGAACCCUGAUGCUCCUGCCGAUUGGUUUGUCAAGUUUCCAUUGAAGGAAUGUGCUGACUUGUAUGGACUUCCUUACACUGGAGUGAUUGAUCGACCAGAUUUACAAGACAUUCUAAUGGAUGAAUGUAAGAAGAUAAAGUCCGAUUUCAUUGUCAAUGGAAAUCAAGUUGUAGCGUAUGAAGAUCAUGGUAAGGGAGAAGGUGUGGAUAUCAACUUGGCCGAUGGCAGUACGGUUGAUGCCGAUAUCUUGGUAGGAUCUGAUGGUAUUUGGUCAGCAGUUCGCAAUCAAAUGUACGACGAAGGCGGUGUCAAGUCAACUAGUAAGAAUGGAAAGAUGAAGCAAGGAUGCAAAUACUCUGGAUACACUGUCUUUGCUGGGGAAACAGUUCUGAAGACUGAAGACUACUACGAAACUGGAUACAAGGUUUACAUCGGUCCUCAACGAUACUUUGUCACUUCUGAUGUUGGUGGUGGCCGAGUUCAAUGGUAUGCCUUCUUCGCACUUCCUCCAGGCACAAAGAAGGCUCCGAGUGGAUGGGGUGGUUCCACUCGCGAUGAACAAGACGACCCCGAGGAGAACCUUGUCGAGUACAUCAAGUCUUUACACGAAGGAUGGAGUGAUGAGGUUUUUACUGUCUUGGAUGCUACUGAACCAGAUUCCGUCGAACAGCGUGAUCUGUACGAUCGUGCCCCAGAAUUCUUCCGAUCUUGGGCAAAGGGAAAUGUUGUCUUGAUGGGAGAUGCUGUACACGCAAUGAUGCCCAAUCUUGGACAAGGUGGAUGCCAAGCCAUUGAAGAUGCAUUCGUUCUCACUGAAGAACUUGCAAACACCAAGAGUACUAGCAAGAUUCAAGAUGCCUUGCAAACGUUCUACAGAAAGAGAAUCCUCAGAGCCAGCGCUGUUCAAUUCUUGAGUCGUUUGGCGAGUGAUCUCAUCAUCAAUGCUUUUGACACUCCCUGGAGUCCUCAUGACAACCUUGGCAAAUCUUGGAAGAGCUACUUGACUUUCUUCUGGAAACCUCUCCUUCAAUAUUUGAUCUUCCCAGCUCAAUUCGCUUUCCUUUACUCCUACUACCCAUCUGGUAGUUUGGAGGAGAUCACUGAGAAGUUGGAAGCUCGAUGGAAAGUAGAACACGAAAAGUCGGCAGAAGAUGCCUUUUCAAAGGCUGAGAGCGGUUUCAAGUUUGACACUGGCCCAUCGUUCUUCAAGAAGGCCGAACAACCGAGCACUGUGAUGCAAGCACGAAAGGAUUAA